AUGUCAGCGGCAGGCGCGGUGGAUCACCUGAUCGCGCAGAUGCGCAAGCAGCAGGACCCGCAGAUGCCACCAGACUGCGUGGGACGCUUCCUGUGCACCAAGUCCUCGUGGCGGGGGAAGUACAGGCGCAUCAUGUGCAUCACACCCAAUGCAGUGAUCACGCAGCACCCCGACAACCUGUCCAUCACGAACACCUACAGCUUCACUGGCGAGUCGGAUAUUGAUGGAGUGACGAGCAAAUACAAGGGCGUCAAAUUCUCAUGCAAGCAGCGAGCGCCGCUUCUGACUGCUUUGUACCAAUGCAUCACCCUUGCCGCUAUCGAGCAGCGCUGUCCCAUUGCAACAAAGAUCUUGGGGUCCACCCAGGUGUUUGUAGCGUACAAACUGAAAAAGGGUCAGUGGGUACCAAGUAAGCUGCGAGUCACAUCCUUUGCUGUGGAGCGAUUGGAUGCAUAUGGCGGUGUGAUUUGGCGAUUGGAGUACCGCAACAUGGCCUCCCCUGCAGCGCGCCUCCUUGUGACGGGGGUUAACGACCCUGGCUCGGUGUUUGCCUUCUUCGGCAAGGUGGGCCGCUCGCCGCGUGUCUUUGCAGCCCGGGACCGGGACACACUGCUGCGCGAGCUGCAGACUGCAGCCCUGAAGAAGAUGGGGCUCACCGUGGCAGUGGACAGGCAGGCAAGGAUGAGCGGGCCGGAGCUGCUUGAGGCGGUCGGCAAUGCAGAGCGCGAGCGCGCAGCCGCCCCAGACGAGGUGCCGCUGGGCGAAUGGGAGGCGGUGCGUGUCCGGCCGGACUGCAACGCGCCCCUCAUCUCCCAGGCGCUGCUGGCCAGCGCCGAGGAGGCCAAGAGCCUUCUGCAGGAGGGCGGCGAGGGGCGCAGGAGAGGAGUGACGCGGAGGCUGGUGCUGACGGGGGGAGCCCUGCUGGAGCGGCGGCCGGCCAGCUACGAGGUCGCCGAGCGCCGGCAGCUGGCGGCAUUGGCAGCCGUGGUGCGCUUCGCCGCGGAGCCCACCUGGCUCGGCCUGGAGUGGACCGACGGCGCCCCAGCCGCCAUGUAUGUCCUGCCCGGCCGCGACGCCCUGCUGGCCGCCCUUCUUGACGCCGCGCAGGUGUCGGCGGGGCGGCCAAUUCCGGUGCUGCCGCAGCACACCUUCCCGGGCAAUGUCGUGCUGUCCAGCCGGGCCACGUCCGGGCUGUCUCCGCCAGUUCUGCCAGACGCAGAGCUGGAGAGGCUGUGCCUGGGCCACAUGGCCGCUGCAGCCAAGGAGGCCCUCAAUGCGCUGGGGGAUGUGCCCAGCUCUGCUGCGGAGGAUCCCCGGCCCAGCCAGGCAGACACCAGUGACGGCUCUGCAUCAGAUCACAUGUCGGUGGGCUCCCCACCGGAUGUGAGGCGGCGCAACAUGAUUGCGGGGAUGGCCGCCUCCUUCGGCGGGAGGAACCGUGACAGCGCAGAGGCCGGCCGGCAGGCCGCUCUCCGUGGCAUGCCUCACAGCGCCGGCUCCCUCCCGGAGCCGGUGACAGAGUUUCGGCAGCGGGUGGCGGAGUUCAACGCAUGCAUUCCAUACAGCGGGGUGUCAUCCGGCGCUCGCCUGGACGACCCGGCGCUGACGGUGCUGCUGAGCCUGCUGCCGCUGGAGCCGCCGGCCGGCGCAAAUCCCCCGCCGCCCACCACUAGAGAGGCCAUCCGCACCAUCAACGUGCUUCACUGCCUGCAGCGCCUGGCCACCUCCGCCCCCAUCGCCGCCGCUAUCGUCCAAACUCCUGGGGCGGUGGUGCGCGUGUUUGCAGCGAUGACGUGCGGGCAUGAGCAUGUGUCGGCAGAGGCGCUGCGGCUGCUGGCGCGGCUGUGGGCGCCGGCCAGCGCGCGCUCGGGGCAGGGCCCCUGGGUGCUGCCGCGCGUCGGCGGACCCUCAGCCAUCGACGCCGCAGAGACGCAGUCGCAGCUCGCCGGCUUUGAUGCGGCCGCCGCCGGCCGCAUGGCCAAGUCAACCUGCCUUGGGCAGAGCGGCCGGGCGGCUGCUUUGGUGGGAGUGCUGCGAGCAAGCGGCACGCCAACGGCGGCGUAUGCGACGAUGGCGGCCGUGGAGGCUCUAGCGGCUGUCGUGUGCCUGCCUGGCGCGGACAGCACAGACCCCAUCCUGCGCCAUGCACUGCUGUCAGAGGCCGGCGCCCUCGGCCACCCUCUCUUUGCGCUCUUCUCCCACCCAGCACGGCGCGUGUUGGAUGCUGCGGCGCUCAUAAUGCGCGCUGUGGCGUCGGGCGGCGAGAACGCGGCCGCCCCCAUGCGCGAGGCUGCCCUGACCGAGGGAGCCAUGCUGCACCACCUCGCUGUCGGCAUGUCCGGAGCUUCGGAUCCGCGCGCCAAGCUGAGCCGCGACCUGGUGGGUCUGCUGGCGGACGACUACAAGCCGGCCCUCGACCUGCUGUGCCGCACCUACCCACCCGGCCUCCUGCAGUAUCUCGCGCAGCCGUUGCCCCUGCCGCCCGCCGCAGCUCCGCGGCAUCUUCCGCGCUCUCCGAUACAGAUUCAGGAGAGGCAGGCUGAGCAGGUGCCAAAGUCUCCGGAGCGGGGCCAUCUGAGCCCAGUCAGCAGCCCGCCGCGCUCUCCCAGAUCAGUCAUCGAGAGACCAGGCUUGGACCGUGCUGCGAGCAGCAGCGCAGAUGCAGGCGGCGUCCUCGAACCGGGCCUCACCAGACCGCCGGGCUCUGCCACUGAUGCUGGCUUGGUUGCAAGCUCCAGCGGUGUGGACCGGAGCAGCAUGCGGCAACCGGAGCCGCCUGGCAUGAGCCGGGGACUGCGGGGCAACUGGGGCGCCUUCUGGACGGCUGCGCUGCGGGACCACUGCCAUGCCGGGCUCAUCUGGAACCAGCAGACGCGCUCAGAGCUGCGAGAGGCCCUCCAGGCAGAGGAGGGCGCGCUGAGGGCGGGGCGGACUCGCGUGGCGGACGGGGCGGGCGGGCGGCCGACGUGGAACCAUGCGGAGUUCCGAGUGCGCUAUGCGUCACUCGCGCACCACCUCUGCGUCGCCGGCAUCUACAUUAAGCUCCUGCUGGAUGGGCUCGAUCAGGGGGCGGUGGACAAAGUGCCGGCGCCGCGGGAGGUGUUUGGGGCGCUGCACCACCACUUCCUGUGCCUGGCGGACGCAGGGCUGCGCCUGGUGGGGCCCGAGGAUGCAGCGCAGGGCGCCAGCGAGCAGGCGCUGCUGGCCGCCGCGGUUUCGCGCGAUCCUGAGGCCGAGCGCGAGCUGUGCGCCCGCGCCAUGGCCGCCCUAUACCACUCCCACGCCGCCGCAAUUGGCCCGUUUGACAACACGGCGCACAUGGCGGCUCUGCUGGACCGUACGAUGAGCCGCGGCCUGCGCCACUGCCUGCUGCGCCUGCUGGAGGCCCUGCUCAUCCCCAGAUGCGGUCACAGCGACGAGGCCGCCUCCCAGGCCGCCCGCGCAAAUGCUGUUACCUUUGUGGAGGCAGGAGGCGUCCAGCUGGCUGUUGACCUGGUGGCAGGUGCACAUGAGGCGAAGGAGCGGACGCAGGUGCCUCUGCAGACAAAUCUGAUUGCGUACAACAGCCAUGCCACAGAGGUGAAGGAGUGGUUUCACUACGCUGAGGGCGGGGAAACGAAGGGUGAGCCCAGAAACAAGGCGGACAGGCAGGAGGGGCAGCGCCUGGGCCCAGUCAGCAAGGAUGAGCUGAAGACCCUCUUCUACAAGGGCAAGAUUGGGCUGAAGACGCCAGUGUGGGUGGCUGGAAUGGCGGAACCUGUGCCGAUGUGGGCAAAUAGGGAGGUGCGGUGGCUCGUCUCCAAGGGCGCAGGCACAAUGAGCCCGACGGAGGCGGCGGAGAUAGCGCUGCGGGUGCUGCACUCGCUGGCGCAGCUGCAGCCGGCUGUUGAUGGUGAGGGCCACAGUCUGCAGCCGCUGCCCACCGUGCACCGCAUCCUGGCCUCGCCCCAGUGCCUCCCCCAUAUUGCACAGGUGGUGCUGAGUGGGGAGCCGGCGUUGGUGUCACUGGCGGUGAUGCUGCUGGAGGUGGUCCUGGAGCACAACGGCCCUGCACUUGCAUCCCUCUACCACACCGGUCUCUUCUUCUUCACCCUCGCCUACUGCGGCUCCAACCUGGUCGAGAUCGGCCGCCUCUUCAAGGUGGCGCACCUGGGGCAGCAUUUCAAGGGGGCGGCAGGCUUUGCGGCGGGGACGCCUCUAGGGCAGCGCUCGUUCCUGGGCGGCCUGCUGCCGGAGUCGCUGCUGCACAUCCUGACCAGCUACGGCGCCGGCGCCUUCGCGGCCGCCCUCGUCGGCGACUCGGACACCCCCGAGCUCGUUUGGACUCACCGCAUGCGCGCCCAGCGCCUUAUCCCUCAGAUGCACCAGCACCUGGGCAACUUCCCUCGGCGGCUGGCACAGCAUGCGCACGCGGUGUACGAGUACGUGGCCUGCCCGCCGGUGGGCUACCCGGAGCUGCGCGAGGAGAUGUGGUGCCACCGCUACUACCUGCGCAACCUCUGUGACGAUCGCUUCUCCGACUGGCCCAUCGCGCUGCUGGAUGAGUGGAGAGCGGAGCUGGCGCGCAAGCCGCUGGGCAUGAGCGAGGCUGAAGCCUGCACGCUGCUGGAGAUCUCUACAGGGCCCAAUGAAACAUUAGACGAGGAGACGCUGAAGGGUGCGUACCGGCGGCUGGCACGCAAGUACCACCCGGACAAGAACCCGACCGGCCGCGAGCGCUUCAUGGCGGUUCAGCGCGCGUACGAGCGGCUGCAGGCCGGCGCCGCCGCCGGGCAGGGGCCGCAGCCCUGGCGCCUGCUCCUCAUCCUCAAGGCGCAGUGCAUCCUGUUCAGGCGCUACCCGGACGUGCUAGAGCCCUUCAAGUACGGCGGCUACCCCAUGCUGCUGGGCGCGGCUGCAGUGGAGCUGUGCUGGCUGACGUGCGUGUCGUCGGAGCUGAACGGGGGCGAGCUGACGCGGUCGGGCGGGGUGGAUUCACUGGGGCGCCUCAUGCAGCGCUGCCUGGACGUCCUGCCGCGCGACGCGGCGCCCACUCUGCCGGCCGUAGUCAUCGCCAUGCACUGCAUGCGCACCUUUGCCGGCAUGGCCUCCUUCCCAGACGCCCGCGAGCAGCUGCAGCACCGGGAAGCAUUGGUGGCGGACAUAGUGCAGAGCUGCGGCCUCGAGCGCGCGACGGGGGCCGUGGAUGCAGCCCUGCAGUGCGUCAUCCAGAUGGCCGCCUCUCCGGCACUCCAGGAGCUAAUGCUGAAGGUGGGCGUGCUGGGAUACGUGGUGCCGCUGCUCUUCAACUUCGAUGCCACCCAUGAGGGGGACUCGGCUGCACCAUCCACGGAGGCAUCCGCGGUAGCCGCCCUUGCUAACAGCGGCGGCGACGGCGCAGAGGCAACCGCCUCCAGAGACACCGGGCCUGCCUUCCUGGGCCUGGGCACCGAGAGGUCGAACAUGCAGGCGGCGCGCAACUACCAUGCCAUGCUGGCGGCGCGCGCGUUGGGCCGGCUGGCGGGGCUGCUGCAGGGGGCGCUGGCGUCGGCGCCAUGCCCGGCCGCGCGCGAGGCGCUGUCGGUGCUGCUCACGCCCGCGCUGGCCGCCCAGCUGGCCAACCCGGACCCGAAGCCGCUGCUCAUGCACCUCAACUCCUCCCUGCUCAAUCCCCAGGCACGCUGGAUAGAGUGUCUGCAAACGCGUGACUUCUGCUUUAACAAUAUUCAGGACCUAGUGGUGUGGAACAACAAGAUGCGCGAGGAGGUGCUUACACAGAUGGAGGCAGCCCGCGCCGACCCGGACAAGGCCGGCACCGCCCAAGGCUUCCGCUUUGAGGCCCUGCAGGGCGAGCUGGUGGUUGCAAACGUGUUCGUGCGGGUGUACAACGAGCAGCCAACUUUCCCUGUGUCGGACCCAGCCUCCUUCUGCAAGGGCCUCGUCUCCUACCUCCACAUGCAAGCGCAGUCGGCCUGGUUCAAGGACGCCUCACCCGCCGCUGCGACGCCGAAGGGCGAGGCAGAGGAGGGUAUCCGGCGGGAGAGGGCGCACAUGAGCGAGGCGGUGCAGGCGCUGCGGAACAUCCUGGAAGCUCAGCCGCGCCUGGCAGCGCUCAUGGCCUCACAGCCCGCCCUCGCACCCAUCCUCAACUGCAUCGACCCCAUCUGCAGGCGGCUGCACCAGUUGGAGGCUGAAGGGUUGGGAGGCGAGCACGCGGCGGCUGCUGCGGCCGCAAGGGCGUCCCCCGAGGCGGCUUCUGAGGCGGACAUAGCUGCCCUCGCCCUGGCCGUGCUUGUCCGUCUCACUGCGCAGUCAGGCUGCGUGGAGGCGCUGGCGAGCGAGAGGGCGCUGCUGCUGGCGUUCUGGGUGGUGCACCGGCCGCCCUCCUCCACCGCGCUGGCCCUUGCGCUGCGCCUGCUGCACGCCCUGGCCGCCACCCCCGCCGCCGCCUGGUCCGCCGCCGCGCAGGGCGGCGCUGCCUACCUGCUCACCGUCCUGCUGCCCACCACGCCCCCAUCCGCUGCCGAGCUGGAGGCGAGCGAGACGGUGCGUGCGGCAGUUGCGACGUUGCUGGGGCAGCUCAUGGGGCAACCCCUGCACGGGCCGCGCGUCACCCUGCUGCUGUCUCGCCUGCUGCCUCCCGGCCUUGUCGCUGCCAUCCAGGAGGGUCCUGGUGAGUCGGCAGUGGCGGCACUGGGGCACGCAUCGGAGACGCCGGAGCGGCUGUGGAACAUGAGCAUGGCCAUGACCACCGCCGACGAGCUGGCCGCCCUGGCCGCCUCUGCGCGCCGGUCCCAGGCGGGCGGCAGGCUGGACUGGGUGCCUCCGGAGGGAUUCCGCAUCCAGUUUGAGGGCGAGCAGGCCGAGCUCUUCGUCGGCGGCGUCUAUGUGCGCCUGUUCCUCAAGAACUCCCAGUUCCCCCUGCGGCACCCCAAGAGGUUCCUGGAGGGCUUGCUGGAGGCGUACGCAGCAGACGUGGAUGCGCACAACGCGGAGCGUGCGGUGCUACUGGCGGCGGCUGGUGUGGAGCUGCUGCGCGUGCACUCGCUGCUGGCCGAUCACGCCGUCGCGCUCGGCGCCGCCGACAAGCUGCUCAGGAUCCUGGCCGCCAACGCCCCCCAAGGGGAGGAGGGCGGCGGCGGGAGGCGGCCGACGGCGGCGCACGAGCUGGGCGGGUCGGCGCUGCGGCUGCUGCACCAGCUGGCGCAUGCGACCACGGCCGCGGAGGCAGUGUCACGCGCAUCCACCCCGGCCGUGCCCACCCUGCUGGCCGCCACCAGGUGGGGCCUGGCGGGCAGCAUACUGGCGCUGGAGACGCUGAAGCUGGCGCUAUCAGUGGACAACCGCGCGCGUGACUCCCUCGUCGGUGCCGCGCUGGCCGCUGGCCUGCUGCCGCGGCUGCUAGCCAAGCUGGACUGGCGCAAGGACGCGCGCCCCGGCGGCUUCGGCGAAGAGGAGGAGCGGGCGGAGUCAAUGGAGCGGGUGCUGGCGGUGGAGCUGCUGCACCUGCUGGCGGCGGAGGGCGCGUACGGCGCACAGGUGGCCGCCCAGCUGGACGCCAGCGAGGUGUGGCACGCCUACCGCGACCAGAAGCACGACCUCUUCCUGCCCGCUGGCGGCACGGCGCAGGGAGGGGUGUUUGGGCUGCUGACGGGGAGCCAGGUUGCCCGCUUCGCGCUGCCGGCUCCGGAGCCGCCGCCGGAGGCAACGCCCAUGACAGCGCCUGCUCCCCCAGCGGCCACUCUCGCACCCGCUACUCCACCCGCUCCCAUGGCUGAGGACGCCAGCCCUGCAGCCAUGCCUGAUGCAGAAGUGCACCCAGAAGCUGGGGCAGAGCAGGUGGCUGUUGCCCCAGUAACCAGCAGUGUGAGCUCGCCGGGGACAGCUGGUGAAGCAAGGGAGGAAGCAGCAGCAGCAGCGUCGCCUGCCACACGGGAGCCGCCAGAAAUCAUGAUGGAUGAGGAUGCCGCGCCACCUCAGCCUGAUGCUGCCGAGCAACACCCCAGCGAUCUAAUUGAGCCUGCUGAGGGCAGCAAAGAUGCACCAGCACCCAGUAGCGACGCCAUAGAUACUCACCCCAUAGAGACCUUGCCAGCGGCACCGGGUGGAAAAAAAUCGACAGAGAAUGGAGACACCUCAGCCAUGCGUGCACCUGGCGAGCGGCUGGACAGUAAUGGCGACGCCUCACCAGCAGAGGGAGACCAUCUGCAGAUCACACAGGAGCCAGGUGCACAGGCAGAAAGCACUGCUCGCCAGGAGAGCGCUGCAGAAGCGGCCCCUGCUGCUUCAAAAGUACCGGCAAGCCAGGCCUCGGCGGACGUCACGCCUGCAGCUGCCCAUGGCUCGAGCACAGCAGGCACGACAGCUGAGGCGUCCUCAGCCCCUACACCACCAAGGCAGGAGGAGCAGCAAAUAGCGCCCUUGGGAGAGUCGGCGUCACAGCAGGUUGCAACUCCUGCGCAAGCAGCUGUGCACUCGAGAAAAGCUGCCCCAGCGUUAGAAGCUGCUCAGCCCAGGCCAGCUGCCAAUGAGGCUGUGCCAACCCCACCCGCCGUGCGGGCAUCAGCAGAGGCUGCAAACGCCACGCCACUGCCGCCGUCCAGAGCAGCAAGCCGGGCCUUUGAGGCCAAGCCGGUUACAGCGCCUUCGGUGGCCCCUGCCAAGAGCCCAGCCGUGCCAAAGCCGGCCCCGCAGCCGCUGCCGCAGCCGAAGGCGGCGCAACCGCGACCGCCAUCUGCAGCCGCCUCUCCCGCCCAGCCUCCAGACAACGCACCGCCUGCUCCGAGAUCCGCGCCGCGCGCAGCAGCAGAUCCGCUGCAGGCGCUGCUGGGCGCAUCGCAGCUGGGGCCGCAAGCAGCCGCCACAGCCGCAGCGUCGCCCCUGCGGAGCGUCAAGUCCCCUCCGCAGGUGGCGGGGGCGCAGCCACUCACGCGCGCGCCAUCUGGCCGCAGUCAGCCGCUGCCGGCGCCCCGAGCGCCCCGGCUUGUGCAGCCGCCAGCGCAGCGCGCGCUCGUGACGCCGAUGUCGGUCAAGCCGGGGGCCCAGAGCAAAGACAAGAAGUCCCCCACCGCUUCCGACGGGCAGUUGGUCAGAAACAAGGUGGAGUUCAACCCUCUCGGGUGA